AUGACUGACAUUCAGAUUACUCGUGGAAAACAAGCCAUAUUAAGAUCAAAAAUUAUUGGCCAUCCCUUCCCAGUAGUGGCAUGGUACUCUAUGGGUGUAUACAUCAACGACUAUGAUCAAAAUUUUAUCAUGCAGGUUGAUGGUGCGCAAUAUACUAUAUCCUUAACGGUAAAAAAAGUCGAUUUCAAUGUUGUCAUCACCUGCGUUUUAACAAAUGUUGUCGGAAAUAUAUCGCAUACUUCUCAAUUAGAAGUGAUAUAUGUACCACUAAUAAUCAGGCAAAUGAUGAAUCAAACAAUCUCACUCGGUCGUAACACCGAAGUAAAAUUUGAGUUAGAAAUAGAUGCAAAUCCAACAGCUACCAUUUUUGAGUGGUAUUAUGAAAAUAAGCGGAUUACAAAUGAUGGACAUCGCUAUAUAAUAAACCGAAGUGAUAAUGUUUACAGUCUAGCACUUCGUUAUCAAGCAAGAAUUAGUGAUCAUGGAACCUACAAGCACUUUGAGUUGAAAAAAAUGAUAAGUGGCAUUUUUUCACUAUUCGAAGGAUUUGUUCCUUUGGAGUUAUUUAUCGAAGGCAAAGAAACAGAUCGGUACAGUUUGAAUGUUAAUCCAGUGCAAAUAAAUGACCAGGGAACUUAUAAAAUUAUAAUUUGGAACACGGAGGGAAUCAUAGAUAGUAAGGCUUAUUUAAAUGUUUUAUAUCCACCACGAUUUUUGAAUAUGGGGAUGCCGAAUCAAACAAUUCUUGUCGGUCAAGAUGUGAAUUUUGAGCUUAUGGUUGAUGGAAACCCAACACCCCAAGCACAGUGGUAUUUACAAGGCAGAUUGAUUGAUUGCUCACAUGAACGAUGUACAAUAUCGCAUCAUAAUAAAAUGUAUAAAUUGAGAAUAAAAUCUGUUACCCAGAGUGAUGGAAGUUUAUAUGUAAUUAAGUUUCGAAAUAGUGAAGGAGAAAUAUGUCAUGACAUACGAUUAGAAGUUCAUGAACCACCUACAAUCCAACAAAAUCUUCAACCCCAAACAGUCACGGUUGGAGAUGAACUUAUCUAUCAAGUAACGGUUCAUGGUAUACCACUACCUACUGUGACAUUUUAUCGAAAUAAUCAAAAAAUUCAGUCAGAAAUGAUUCCAGGUCGAGACAACGAAAUUCUCGCUGUGUUUCGAAUGAAACCUAUCUCACGUGCAAAUCACGGGGAUGAAUACUAUGCUCUAGCAGAAAAUAUUUAUCGGAAAAUAAAGUCAAACGCAGUCCAUGUAACUGUAUUAGAGAAACCCGCAUUUCUGAUGGUGCCUGAGAAUCAAUACAUCAAGAAUGGACAUGCAGCACGAUAUGAUGCAAGCAUAAUCGGUUAUCCGACACCAACUGUGACAUGGCUGUUUAAUGGAAUAAAAACAAGUUCAAGCGAUAGCAAUUUUCAUAUCACAUUUGAUAGUCAACGCCUAGUGGCCUCAUUAACGAUUUACAAAGCCAAUCAGUCGGGUUAUGUAGAAUGCCAUUUGGAAAAUAAGAUUGGACAUAUCUCUCAUACGGCAAAACUUACACUUUUGAUUGCACCACAGAUCAUCAGACCAUUGACUAAUGAAACAAUUAAAAUCGGUCAACAUGUGACUUUAAGUGUCGAAGCCAUCGGUAAUCCGGGCCUGACAUACCAGUGGUAUUUUGAUAAUAAAGCGGACAAAAAGUCAAACUGGGAGAUGGAGCAGUAUGAUAAUGUCUAUAUUUUGAGAAUAGCAUACGCGUUCAUGACAGAUGACGGUACAUAUGAGAUAGUUGUGAAUAACAGCGAAGGCACAACAUCAAGUAAAGCACAAGUGAACGUCUUAUACCCUCCGAUGAUUCUUAAAGGUCUUAAAGAUCAAAAUGUCACUAUUAAUGAAAGUGUGGUAUUCCAAAUUGAAGUGAUUGGAAAUCCUCAAGUACAAUCACAAUGGUUUUACAAUGACAUAGCCUUACCUCACAACGAUCACAUACUGCAACUAACAAAAGUGCAUCACACAAAUCAAGGUUUCUACAAAGUGAUCGUGUCAAAUAGCGAAGGAAAUGCAUCGAGUCAAUCGAAAUUAAACGUUCUGUUUCCUCCGCAAGUCAUUACAUUGUCAAACAAUUUGACCGUUAAUGCUGGAAAAGAUGCUAUUCUUGAAAUUACAAGUAUAGGUAAUCCUACACCGACGAUUGAGUGGUUUCUCAAUGAUCUUCUCAUUCACAAAAACGAUAAUACACAUUACGAAAUGAAUCGAACAGGCAACAUCUAUUUGUUAAAAGUAAAAAAUGUGACAAUAGCUGAUGAAGCGACAUAUAGAAUUGAAUUAAGAAAUAAAUACGGAACCUCACGAAGAGAAGUAAAAUUGACUGUUUCACAAAGUCUAAGGUCGUUAGUAUUAACAAGUUCUACGGCAUAUGUUAGUGGUAGUAGUCCAAGACUAUCAACAACAAGCAAACUCAUAAGUUUAACGAUACCACCAGAUGCUCUCACAAAACUGACUGUUAGUACAAUGGCAACACCGUCGUUUCCUUCCAUAUCCCGGUUAAUAACAUUUACAAGUGACACAAAUAGUGCCAUUGAUUAUUCUGAUAUAGCUUCUUCAUCGACAAAUGAAAGCAAAACGUUGAUAUAUCUCACUACUCUUAGUUUUUCAUCACAAAUACCUAUACUCACAACGUUAUCCACAUUACCAGAAUCGGUCACAAUUGGUUUACGAACCGCAUUAAUGUCCAAACUCACCAGUUCCGAAGCCACUACAACUGUAAAUAGGUUUAGCCAUAGCUUAUCAAUGAAAAAAAAAGUAAAUUUUUAUUCCAUCACCCGCAUGUUAUCCUGCUAACCGAUUACUGUUGGACUUAGGACACAUUUUAGUUAAAGUUCUACUAAACAUCAAACUACUGUAGAAAAACAUCCGUGCUUCUUGCACUAAACGCACAAGCAAAGGGACAAUUCCUUCGUGUUUGAUAGCAUUCUUUGAUUAAAACUGUAAACGCUUCUUUUCCUUCUGCAAAUCAUUUUGCACCCAAUUCGAGACAACCCAUUUGUAGUGAACAUCUUAAAACUAACCCCCCCCCCCCCCCAAACCCCCCCCCCCGGGGGGGGGAAAAGGGGCGGGGGGGGAAAAUUUUUUGGGGGGGGGUGGUU